AGGGUCAAAGCGUCUCUCGUCCACAUCUUAUUGAUCUCAGUCCAAGCACGGAGGUCAGAAAACCCUUCUUGACCCUCUCCCCCAACCUUCUCCUCUACUUCAUCCAUCUCCACCAUGCGUUCUCCUGCACAAACUUCUGGCAAAAAGGGCAAAAAAACCAGUAUCACUAAACAUCCCGCUCGCAAUCCGAAGAAGGCUAGCCUAGGUCAGCCAAAGAAUCACAAUAAGCCGGUGUCCCAGGGCAUAGGAUGUGUAAACGCUCAGAGCGCUAAAUAUCAUUUGAAUUCGCUGCAAGGUGCAGGCACUGCAACGCCAGUUCAUCUCAUAGAUCCACGCCCCCCGCCGUUAUCUCUGAAAGACUUGGAAUGUCUGUCGACACUAGGUCAAGGAGCCUUCGGUAGUGUCCUUCUGACACGCGUACGCCGUCGGGAGCCAGCCAACGUCUUGGAUAAACCAGGCUCCCUAUUCGCCGUGAAGGUUUUCACGAAAGAGAGUAUGCGUGAUUUUGACAGGCAAUCCCCCGAAGACACCCACAGCGAAAGAGGCCGCCUUUCAGAGCUUCCUUGGAGUCCUUGGAUUAGCGGAGUCGUCGCAACUUUUCACGACGAACUUAAUCUCUACCUCGCGCUAGAGUUGACCCCCUGUGGAACUUUCCACGACUUGCUUGUCAAGCAAGGCCCGUUCAAUGCGUCCACCGCACGUUUCUAUUACGCCAACAUCGUUUGCGGAUUAUCUUUCUUGCACGAUCAUGGCAUCGUACAUCGUGAUCUGAAACCAGGCAACAUACUACUGGGCUCAGACGGCUAUCUUCGGUUAGCAGAUUUUGGAUACGCUAAAGAAGAAGACUACGAGUCGCCAGGAUGGGCUAUGAUAGGUACACCCGUCUACAUGGCGCCAGAAGUGCUCCAGUGGCAAGCAAUGACUGGACGAGGUAUUGAUUGGUGGGCAAGUGGUGUUAUACUAUACGAGAUGGUCGUAAAGAAAUUGCCGUUCUAUGCCAAAGUUGACACUCGCAUCUUCAAGAGAAUAGAGAGCGGCAAAUACAAGUGGCCCAGGCACCUGCGCGUCGGCGGCUCUCUCAAAUCACUGGUCGCCGGGCUCCUGACGUUUGAAGCCGCAGAACGUCUCGGCACUUAUGGAGCAUGGGACAUUAUGAAUCAUGCCUGGCUUAGAAAUAUCAACUGGGAUACCAUGUUCAGACGGCAAUACCUUGCUCCAUACAUUCCUCGAGAACCGUCUCACGACCAGAUUUGGCUAAAGAAUCCCUUGCCAGAACAGCAUACCGUUCCCGGCCUCCAUGUUGUGCGCCCGCCCGUUCACAGACAGCACGACUUGCGGCUUCCAAAAAAGAGACCUGAUUACUAGUAGAUUUGCCUGUGACAGGCCACAUAUCUUAUUGUCCAGACUCUACAUUGAUCUUACUUGUAUUUUUACGCUAUCACCAUCAUCUGAUCCCCAUAACUUCUGUGGUCGCAUAAUUUGAUUUAGGUCUCCUUGUCACAUCAGGGGUAA